CGCUGAUCUGAUGGUGGAAGCUCCUCAGCCGCCAUCUCCACGGUGGUCCACGCAGCCUUGCCGCUCUGGAUCCCCAACCCCCGUGGGGAGAAGAGUUCACCCACAGGCCAGCUAGAAAACGGGGGAGCUGACUUAUUCCUGACCAGCCUGGCGCGGUGAGAAGGUCCACUCAAGGUGAAGGUCACCCGGUUUGCAGUCCAAGCCUUCUCCAAGCUCAAGAUGACCUCGGCCACCAAGGUGUAUUACAGCCAGACGACUCAGACCGACAGCCGUCCCCUGAUUGGCCCAGCGCUGCGGAAGAGGCGGGUCAUGACCAAAGACGGGCGAAGCAAUGUGAGGAUGGAGCACGUCGCUGGCAGGCGCUUCCUGUACCUGAAGGACUUGUGGACAACCUUCAUCGACAUGCGGUGGCGCUACAAGCUGAUCCUCUUCUCGGCCUCCUUUGCCGGGACGUGGUUCCUCUUUGGGGUCAUCUGGUACCUGGUGGCCUUGCUCCACGGCGACCUGCUGGAGUUCGACCCUCCCGCCAACCACACGCCGUGCGUCAUGCAAGUCCACACGCUGACCGGCGCCUUCCUUUUCUCCCUGGAGUCCCAGACCACCAUCGGCUACGGCUUCCGCUACAUCAGCGAGGAAUGCCCGCUGGCCAUCGUCCUACUCAUCAGCCAGCUGGUCCUCACGACCAUCAUGGAAAUCUUCAUCACUGGCACCUUCUUGGCCAAGAUCGCUCGGCCCAAAAAGAGGGCAGAGACCAUCAAGUUUAGCCAGAACGCGGUCGUGGCUCAGCACGACGGCAAAACUUGCUUGAUGAUCCGGGUGGCCAACAUGCGCAGAAGUCUUCUGAUAGGCUGCCAGGUCACGGGGAAGCUCCUUCAAACCUACCUCACCAAAGAAGGUGAGAACGUCCAACUCAACCAGGUCAAUGUGGACUUCCAAGUCGACACGUCUUCCGACAGCCCCUUCCUCAUCUUGCCUCUCACCUUCUACCACGUGGUGAAUGAACGCAGCCCCUUCCGGGACAUGGCCCUGCGCACAGGAGAAGGAGACUUUGAGCUGGUGGUGAUUCUCAGUGGCACCGUCGAAUCCACCAGUGCAACGUGCCAGGUUCGCACCUCUUACCUCCCCGAGGAGAUCCUUUGGGGCUACGAAUUUACUCCGGUCAUUUCUCUCUCGGCCAGCGGGAAGUACGUCGCCGACUUCAGCCUGUUUGAGCAGGUGAUCAAAGUGGCCCCUCCAUGCUGCCUCCACGAAACCACGCGGUUCGGUGACCCCGAGAAACUGAAGCUGGAGGAAUCCUUUCGGGAGAAAGCCGAGCGGGAAAGCGCCCCCCUGAGCGUCCGGAUCAGCAACGUUUGAGUCCUCCUGGGGUGACUGGUCUCCCGUAGCUUCUAGGCAUCCGUCGCAGGCCCCCCGCUCGCUGUGUUCCCUGCUUCCCUGCCAACCUCUUCAGCUGCUGGUGGGGAGGAGGCUCCCCAAAAGAGAACGCAGAAGAGCCUCCUCAGCCUCCAGCAGAACGAACGUUUCCUCCUCCAGCAUCGCCUCCUGUGCGCUUUUAUUCCCCUUUUCCUUCCUUUUUUUGAAGCACACAGGGUGGCAGAGGCAGG